CAGAGUUUCUGUUUUUACUACUAAAGCUUGGUUUAUUAUUGAGAUUUUGGAGACUGGAAACACAUCUGGAGUCUGAAGGGCUGCGUUCGUGGAGAAUCGCUGUGCUCUUUUAACCCUACCGUGUGUGUGAUCACGCUCACAGACGGGAACAUGAGCGAGUGACAUCGCGACGCUCAGCACUGGGACGUCUCCGCUCCACACAUUUCCAGAUGAAUGCUGGGAGGAACACGCCAUCAUGCAGAUUCUGGCUAUGAUGAUGAUGAUGAUGAUUUUGAUGACAUCAUCACAUUCAGCUCUUGCAGAUCAAAGUUUAACGUGUCAUAAUGAUUACCACAACACCUUCACAUGUGUUUGGGACACCUCAAAACUGGACGUGAUCCCUCCGGUCCAACCCGAGACCGUCUGCUGGAUUCAUGUAACGGUUACGAAGCUAGAUCCGAUUCCAGAGAAGGCGCAGAUGUUUGCAGACCCGGCACAGCCUCAUAUACGCUCUGCCACCGUGGUUUUUAAAAGCAAGCGAGGUAUAAUAACAUCAGCGACCGGAUUACAUGAAGAAGUCCGUUGUGACAACUACACAAAUCCUUUGGCUGAAAUAGCACAACAUGAUGCAGAAGACAGUGCAGUGAAAGUGGCUCCUCCUGAGACAGUGCUAGUUCACGGGAUCAAUGUUUCUUGGAUUUUUGUUCCUUCAAAAAAAUUUUUAAAGCCUGAGUUUGGGGUGCAGUACAGAUCUGCUGCUCAGAGCUGGAAGGAUGUGGAAAAUUUUAUCGUAAAUACUAAAGAAACUCAAUUGGAGCUGCCAGAGGACCAUUUGCUCUUAAAUCAGCAGUACGUGAUCAGGGUGAGAGUCAAGUAUCAAGAGAGUAAACUGCCCAAUGCUGUGUGGAGCGACUGGAGUGAAGAGUACAGGUGGACAUCUGCUGUGGGUCAGACGCCCCACACACCAGAGAUCAUCCAGCUGGAAUCGUCUGUGGCAGGAAUCACGCUCACAGGAAUCACUCUGGCCACCAUAUUAAUCUUCACCAUUCUCAUCAAGUGCAAGAGAAUCAAAAGGAAUGUGGCUUCUUCACCUUUCAGGGUCCAGAAGAACGGUUCCACGUAUAUUCCUGAUCCCUCCAAAUUCUUCGGUGAUCUGAACUCGAGCCACGGAGGGAAUUUCACGUCUUGGCUGGGGUCGGUUUUAGUGCACGAGAGCUUCAUCAGAGUGGACACCGAGUUCAUCAGUCCGGUCGAGGUCCUGAAGCUGCAGGACUCCUGCGAAUCCCGCGGCUCGCACAGAAACAGCGGCGGCACGCAGGACGGAUGGGAUGACACCGCCAAAUCCUCCAACUUCUCCAACUCCACCUACUUCAUGUCCCAGAGCUCCAAGGGGCCAAGCGACGCUCUGGAGCCCUGCUCGGCGCACUCCUCCUACGGGCCAGCAGGGGGCGCCGCUGACGUCGCUCGCGCCGCUGGAGAGAAGCACACCGAGGAGCUGGAGUUCUCUCUGGAGAAGCUGAGGCAGGACACACAGAGUCCGGAUUCGGGUUUCGCCGGCGGAGCCGAGGACAGCAUGGAGGAGAUGGAGCUGCCCAGUCCUCUGGGCUUAAACCUGGCUCCGCACCUGCCCCAGGACCUGCCGGCGCCGCAGCCCAGCAGACACCCGCUCAUGUGCCUCCCGCGCACGGAUCUGCUGCUGCGACCGAGCUGCUCCAUCCCUGCAUUAGACCUGGACCUCCUCAACCUGGACCUGCAGAGCUCCUGCGGGCUGAUCGAGCCCUCGAGUGGAGAUUACAUGCCAGUGAAAAACCUGCAGAGUUAAAGGGUUAGUUC